UUUAGCUUUUAUCUUUGAAUGGAUAUUAAACAGCUGACUUUCAUUUAACUUGAUUUAUUUUAUCCUUGUACUGUAUUUUAUGUUUUGUUGUUGUUUUCUGUUUUAUAUGUAUGUUUUCACAUGAAUUGUGUAUUUUUAAAUAGAUUUUCCUUGCAUGUGUACUGUUUCGAACUUUAGGACAAUAUAUUUUCUGCAUCUGUGUUGUGAAAUAUAAAAGUACUCAAAGUCAGAAAAAAGACUCUAUAUUUUUAAAUACACCGAAACAUAUGCCUAGAUCAGUUGUAGUAACUGUUUUAAAGUUGUUUCUGCUCCUAUUGGGCCAUUAACACCUGGGGAUGGGCAGAUUGGGCUGCUGUUGGAUGCUGUCUCCUGAUAGGCUGUUGACCUGCUGCCAGCUCAGGUUAAAGAGGCCCAUCUCAUCUUAGUAAAAUUACAGUCGUAUCACUUUCAACUACAGCUUGCUGCGUUUGACCAGUGGACAGAACUCACAUUUCAACAUCAGAAAUGGCCUCUAAACAGUAAGUACAUUUAGUCAGUACGCCUUAUGCAGCAGGCUUCUUAAACUCAGUUUAGCUUGUAUCAUUUUAUCAGUGGAGUUAGUUAGGUUUGUGGAAGUCAAAUCUUUAAAAAUCUAAAGAGUCUUCUAGAACUUAGUACUUCUAGAUAAAUAAAUAAAAAAAAAACUUUUUAAUUUAGAAGUUUAGAAAACCUCUGAAGAGGACAGAUAUUUGUGAGAGGAGAGCAGUUUGUACACUAGUUGUGUUGUUAUUUUAUAUUUGACUUGUAAAUCCUAACUGCUGGUAUGAUCUUGGUUUAAGAAAUAAUUGAGACAAUUUAAUUCUUCUCUCAUAAUAAAUGUCAUAUUAUUAAAUAGGUUUAAAAUAAUAUGGUUAGUAACAGUAUUAUAUUAAUAUGAAAUUAAGUUUUGUCUUAAAACUCUAAUCAAAAUAUCCGGCAGACAUUGCUGUGUGUGUUUGUGUGCUCAUUUCUUUGUUUCUUUACCUGGAGUUGGGGGUGGGGUGUGGUGGACCCCAAACCUUACCAAAACUGCUCUUGGUCUCUUCAUUGUAUAACAUUUUGAUUUUAUUAUCCACACAGAUCCUUCCACAGCAGGAUGUUUUUCCUCUGUCCUGUGUGCAAAAAGGCUCCUCACUCUCUUCCUGGGCAUCUCAGGAAGGUGUGUAUGAGGAACAGCACAGAAGCAGAGAUCCAGGCUGUCGUUAAAGAGGCCAAGAAGGAGUUGUCUGAAUUCUGUCACAAAGGACGUUUCUGGGAGUUUGGAAAAAUUUGUGACAUAUUGGACUCUACUAAUCCUCUGGCCAGGAUGAUUGCGGAGAUGCAGUCAAAGGGGUUGGUGAUUAAUAACUUACCUUCAGUCCUCCCGGAACCAGCUCGGUCGACAACAUCUUCUGUGCCUCAAAGCUCUGGAGAAGGUGCAGAAAGUUCAUUGGAGCCUCCAAAUGAGUCCUUAUCCGACGAGAGCUCGGGAGAGUACUAUCAGAGCACUGGUGGACCGAUGUGGACCUCUUCCGUGAGGGUGGAGAUGGUCAAAAAAGGCUUAUACAACAAGCACUCCAUUGACCACCCCCUUCUAGCAGGAUUUAAUAAGUACCUUUACACUGAUCUAGGAUAUAAAAACAGCAAACAAGUAGUGGAAACAGUGUCCAGGUUCUUGCAUUACAUGGACCCCACUGAGCCAAACUUGAUGUUUGUUCGGCGGGUGGAGAAAGUGCGAGAGUACUUUAACAUCUUGUCAGAUACAAAGCUCUCAAAAUGGACAGUAUUCAACUACUCGAAGAGUCUCAAGAGGUUCAUGAAAUACAUUAUUACCUCCACGGACAUUCGCCACAACAAUCCAGCUUUGUUCCAGGACUGUGAGAGUUUUAUGGAUGUGCUGUAUGGAAUACAGAGUGGCAUGUCCAAAGAAGUGAGCAUGGAGGUCACAGCAAAAAAAUCAGAGUUUGGUUGUGGCAAAGAAGUUUUGCCAAAGGACUGCCUUGCUGUUUUGGAGGCUGCAUUCAAAGAUUUCCAGGCCGUGAUAUGCAAAAUGCAGGGUCCAGGAGCCAUCACAGGGGACUGUUUGACUAAAAAUGAACGGCUGCUCGUCCUGUACUACCUGGAGGCUGUUAUCAUGCUGAAGCUAGUCCAGCGGCCUGGAAUUGUGACACACAUGACUGUUGAGGAUUGGGAGGGGAGGAGCCGUAUAGAGAAUGGUGUCUGUGUUGCAGUGAAGGAGCACAAAGUACCGUUGUCACACGAACAGGAACUUUGGUUCAACUUGUACUUCAAUGAGGUGCGGCCAGUAAUGCUGCAAGAAAACCGCACCGGCGACAAUGUGGCAGUUGAUUCAUUUUUUGUGUCAAGUAGUGGGAGAUCGAUUUAUAAUCCCUCCAACGACUUAAAAAGACUACAUGACAAAUACAGUCUUCCCAGUGUGACGUGUGGCGAUGCCCAGAGAGCAUUUGAGGCAGCAGCACAAAACCUGUCAGAAGUGGAGAGAAAUGUGGCAGCUGAAAGGAACUACAUGAGGAGAACGUCUUCAGAUCCGUUUCUGGCUCUAAGUGUGCUAGAUCAGCUUGCUGGGAAAACACCACAAAGGUCCAGUAGAGCUUCCUGCUGUGAGACAAGGGUGGACGAACAGACGGCCUACAAAACUCUUGAGCAGUUCUGUCCAGUGACUCUGGAGGGGCCUCCUCCAAAAAGGUCACGCAGGACUGAGCUGUGUGGCUCAGAACAUGAGAGGCACUGCUAUGACCGCUGGCGUAGCGAGCAGCUCAAGCUGCGUGAACAGCAUGCUCUCGAACACUUUACUGGACAGCAGCCAUCAGAGUCCAAAAUAAGCCGCUGGAUGGACAAACAAGGGUGGACGUCAAACGUCCCACAGGCUGCAGUGGUUCUGAAGCAGUGGAAGCCUGUUGCCAGGUUGGACUUGGUCAUCGACAGCAGCUUUGUGAAAAAAAUGAUUUUGUCUCAACGCUGGAAAGGACUGACUGUCAGGCCCGUCCCUGACAAGGGCGAUGGUAUUUUCACCAAAAGACCAUUUCAGAUCGGGGAGGUUGUCUGUGAAUACCACGGCGAGCUGGUUAGCCAUGAAGAUGGGAUGGCAAUAGCUUCGACAAGCAGCAUCAGAGCUGGCCAUUUGUUUUUUUAUAGGAACAAGCAACAUGAAGCCAUGUGCAUUGACGCACAUGAAGAAAGUUGCCAGUGCCAUCCCAUGAAGUUCAAUUAUGGACGCCUGAUCCGUCACUCCAGCAAAAGAGCCAAUAUCCGGCCCAGGCUGUAUGUCCUUAAUGAUAGAGACAUCAUUCUCUUCAUUGCUACAAAAGACAUUUCGAGUGAUGAGGAGUUACUCUAUGAUUAUGGCUCAAAGAGGAGAUCUUUUGCCGGGAAAGGGCUGGAAUUGGACUGGAUGUAAAACAACAUCUUUCCAUCCUCCAUACUGACUCACUUCUAACAUGUCCAACUCCAAGUUUCCACCUGUGGCCAUAUUCUCUUCUCAGUGAUGGACAACCAUCACUGCUCCUCUCACCCUGUACCCAGUACUCUUUCUGCACUGCCAAGCAACAACAUUGCUCUCCAAAUAGAGACUUGGUUGUAAUAGGUUGAAUGAGUGGGCCUUACAAACCAUUCACCUUUACUUCCAGAGAAUUGUAUUUUCUCUUGUCUUUUGCUCUUUUUUUUCAUAAGUUUUCUUUAUGCAAUAGUGAGAGUGUGAGUAGGCUACUCCAUAUUCUCUCCUCUCUCUCAGGAUUCUGUACAACACAUGUGGAAUUACAGCCUGGUAAGUACGCUCAAACUGCUCUUAACCCUCCCUUACACCCAUCUUUAAGUUUCAACCAAAUUAUUGAGCACUUUCUGGUUGUCGUCUUCUUUUUGUUUCAGAUUACCAAGGCUUUUAUGGUCAGCAGACAUGGACCUCACUGCUGAGAAUUAACCUGGCAUCUUAAUUCUUCAUUACCUAUGUUGUCUCUAUGUUGUUUGAUUAAUGUUCAGAUUUUGUUCAUUUGGUUGCACUUGUAUGUACUGGAAGUUGUUUAUUUUCUUUAGUGUUGUUAUUACUUGAUAUUACUAUUAUAUAUACAGUCUUCUACUGUGCCGUUAUUUCACAUUCUUAAUAAAAAGUUGCAGAAAUGACCCAGAAUCACACAGUUCUGUUUCAGUGCAUUCAUAUUAUGCUUUUUAAACUAAUUAUUAUUAAAUAAAAGUAAUAAAAUAACUUAGACACUGUGUUUGGCAUUUAUUUAACAAAUCAUUCCAACAAUUUCAUUUAAAAAUGUGUAAUACUUUAAAAGAAAAAAGAAAUACACUUCAUUAUUUAAAACAUAUGAAGCUUUUUCAGAUAAGUGCAACACUUUUUCCCCUUCACCUGAAAAUGACAUGAUAGCUAAAAAAAAUAAGGGAAAAAAAGGAAUAUGACCUGGAAAAGUCAUUUUUCUUUUUCCAUGUGAUCAGCCGAGACAAAAAAGAAGGAAUCCACAAAUAUCCACAACAUCCUGGAAAAACACUGAAAUAAUGGUCUCUGUAUGAGAGCUGCUCUUUGAAGAGAAUAAGGCAGCUAGCCUAAUUAA